UGGAGGGUCAAGUGGCCAAAGAAAUCGGGAUCGGUUCAGUUCAAAGAUGCAAAUGAGGUUCUCAUGUAUUUAGGUGCUGGUGCACUGAGGGAAACGAUUGAGAAUGCAGAAUUAUAUCCCAUACGUGGAUUGUUUAAUUUCAGGGACUUCUUUGAUGAGAUUGAUGCAUAUUAUCAUCGAACCUUAGGUUAUGAGUUUGGUGUCUCAACAGGGUGGAGAAAUCUUGAUUAUUUGUACAAUGUCGUGCCAGGGGAGUUAACUAUAGUAACCGGGGUUCCCAAUUCAGGGAAGAGUGAGUGGAUUGAUGCUCUUCUGUGUAAUGUCACUCGGAUUGCUGGCUGGAAAUUUGCACUUUGCUCUAUGGAGAACAGGGUCAGGGAGCAUGCACGGAAACUUUUAGAAAAGCACUUGAAGAAACCUUUCUUUGAUACACGUUAUGGCGAAUCUGUUGAACGUAUGAGUGUGGAGGAGUUAGAACAGGGGAAGAGCUGGUUAAGUGAUACUUUUCAACUCAUAAGGUGUGAAGGUGAUGCGCUUCCAAGUAUAACUUGGCUUCUUGACCUUGCAAAAAUAGCUGUGCUAAGGCAUGGGGUGCGUGGACUUGUAAUCGAUCCUUAUAAUGAGCUUGACCAUCAGCGCCCUCCAAGCAUGACUGAAACUGAAUAUGUUAGUCAGAUGCUUACCAAAAUCAAACGGUUUGCCCAGCAUCACGGAUGCCAUGUUUGGUUUGUAGCACAUCCUAGACAGUUACAAAAUUGGGUUGGGGGACCUCCUAAUCUCUAUGAUAUAAGUGGAAGUGCACACUUCAUAAAUAAAUGCGACAAUGGAAUUGUUAUUCAUCGAAAUCGAGAUCCAGAAGCUGGGCCUAUGGAUCAAGUACAGGUUUGUGUUCGUAAGGUACGGAAUAAGGUUGCAGGGACAAUAGGCGAUGCCACUUUGUUGUAUAAUGGGGUAACUGGUGAGUUCACCUCUGUUGAUGAAGGGAACAAACUUCCUUUUGGUAGCUAAAAAAGUAAGCAUUCUCGGAAGAGAUAGCAGGUAGCCAUAUACAUAUUUUGGAUAAACUUGUUCAAUGGAUGGCAUGACAUUAGCAGAUGCUUGGUUCCUUUUUGGGCAUGCUUGGAUCUGAUUGGAAAUGGUGGAUAUCUUCACAACAAGGAGUAUCCAAUUUGACGGUAAUAUUCUUCAUUGAUGAGGAGUCAUGUGAAAAAUCUUGCUCACUUCAUUUUUCAAACCACAACCCUAUUGGAGAUAUAAAUCUAAUCCUUUGUGUAUAUAGACUUUGUAUUGUCUUGUAAUGGCUCCUUCAUUCCAAUUUUGAUGUUAUUUUAUAUCUGAAAGUUUGGGUUGUAAGAAUAUUUUUACUGAACUAGAUUCUGUCAAAAUGGUCGGCACGUUCAAUUCAAACAUAAAUUCUUUCUGCUCA